UUAAAAAUCCCCAUACCUCUAGGAUAUCUUUUUGCCCUUAAAUAACCUGCCUUCAGAAAUAAGAAGAUAUGGGGGGCAAAUCAGCGAACAAGGCCGGCUACUUCGACAAGCUCAAGGGCUUGCUCCAAGACUACAAGUCCAUCUUCAUUGUCGAGAUUGACAAUGUCUCGUCUCAGCAGAUGCACGAGAUCCGACACUCCCUUCGUGGUAAGGGAGUUGUCCUGAUGGGCAAGAACACCAUGGUUCGCCGAGCUCUCAGGACUUUCCUCGUCGACACUCCCGAGUACGAGCGCAUCCUGCCUUUCGUCAAGGGCAACGUCGGCUUCGUCUUCACCAACGGCGACCUCAAGGAGAUCCGUGACCAGCUGCUCGCCAACCGUGUCGCUGCUCCCGCCCGUGCCGGUGCUGUCGCUCCCGUCGACGUGUGGGUUCCUGCUGGAAACACCGGCAUGGAGCCUGGCAAGACCUCUUUCUUCCAGGCUCUCGGUGUCCCCACCAAGAUCGCCCGUGGUACCAUUGAAAUCACCACCGAUCUGAAGCUCAUUGAUGCUGGCAACAAGGUCGGCCCCUCCGAGGCCUCGCUGCUCAACCUGCUCAACAUCUCUCCCUUCACCUACGGUAUGGGUAUCGCUCAGGUCUACGACCAGGGCCAGACCUUCCCUCCCUCCAUCCUCGACAUUGGCGAGGAGCAGCUCCUCAAGGCUCUGUCCACCGCCAUCACCACCGUCGCCACCAUCUCCCUGGCCAUCAACUUCCCCACCCUGCCCUCCGUCAUGCACUCUCUUGUCAACUCCUACAAGAAGGUCCUGGCUGUUGCCGUCGAGACCGAGUACAGCUGGCCCGAGAUUGAGCAGCUCAAGGACCGUAUCGCCAACCCCGAGGCCUACGCCGCUGCUGCUCCCGCUGCCGCUGCCGGUGGUGCUGCCGCUGCCACUGAGGCUGCUCCCGCUGAGGAGAAGAAGGACGAGUCCGAGGAGGAGGAUGAGGAGGGCUUCGGCGGUCUCUUGUACGUGAUACCCCUUAUUGAGUCUCACUUGAGGAAUCCAAUGCUAACAUGUCUAUUAGCGACUAAACAACCACAAUCGGCAACGGGACGGCUUUCAGGGUUAAUUCGGUUUGUUUCACGGUUUAUGGAUCUAAAUUCACGGGUGCAUAGGUCAUUGGUUGGUCGAAUCUAG